AUGUGCGCAGUACUUUUGCGCACUUUAAGGUUCUUCCUCAUUUUUCAGCUCAUUCUUUGUGAUUCUUCUUUAUCUAAUUCGAUGAGGUAUAAACAAUAUUAUCAAAAACGUUUUAAUUUAACUCUUUCUGUUCGUAAUCAUAAUGUUACGGAAGCUAAAUUUUUUCGUCUUAUUGGAGUUGGAAAUACUGCUGAUUUUUUUGUCGCACCUGGUGAUGUCUUUACGAAGUCUUAUGAGGCUAAACAGAAAGGCUUCUGGACGUUAUUUGUCGAAUUCCCAGGAAAUCGUUAUUCGAAAUCCCCGAGGAAAAUAAUUUCCCGUGAUUCCCAUAACCACUGGAUUAUGGAAGUAUAUUAUUAUCCAGGAGCAGUUGGAUUCAGUGACUGGUAUCAUGUAUAUGAUGACAUGCAUAUGAAGAAUAACAUUAUCUAUUAG